UAACGGCUGAAUCGCCUCCGGCCUUGGUGUGGGCUAUUCUCUCAGCCCGGGUUUAUUGGCGGGUUGUCGGUAGGACGCUGGCUGGGACCUGAGGUGAAUUGAUUUCAUAUGGCUACUUCCAGGAAGCAUAGAGAUUCGAUUCAACAGCACACCAACGCAAUAGAUUCUGAUGUGAAAAGAGGAAUUUAUUGUGAAAUAGAGUGGCAAACACCAGUACUUACAGAAAAAUUUCAACGCAGGACAGAAAGGCGGCCCAGUACAGCAGACAGUGGGGACACUGCAUUAGGAACAUCUUGUUCUGAUAGCACAGAAGAUUUCUGCAGCUCCAGUGGGUGUUCCUCAUUCAAACCUAUCCGCUCACUGUCUGUCAUCCCUACUGCACAUGUCAUGCCUUCUACCUCCGGUAACACUUCAUCUAGUCUCCAUCCAGUGAGUGAUUCUGGUUUCAGUUCUGUAUCCGUACAGCCAAGUGAUCUGUCAGACACUCCGGAUCAAAGAUCUGGAAAGCAGUUGUCAUCUUAUUCCAAGUUGAAUGGGCUGGAUGUUUCUAACUUUGAGACCAGAGUGGUCAAAAUGGAAGAACCUUUUAUUGGUAUUAAACCUUUACCUGUAGAUUCAACAAACAGACCUACAUUGAAUGUGCUUGACAACUCCUAUCCAAAUACAGAAUAUUUAAGAUCAGAUGAGAUGGUACGAAAAUUUGAAACUCCUAAUAUCGAACCAACUUUGAAUCAGUCUACUUUUUUGAACACUAUGUACGACGAUCCUAGGCACAGAUUUCAAGAAUGCAGCCAAGCAGGACAAUCUCAUGAUAUUAAUGGAGCUGGAGGCAAGGAUAGCUGUAGUAUCUCCAAUAUGACUUUUAAAUCCUUACCAGAGAGCAAAAACGUGUCUGCUAACAGUGGGCUGUUGGGACAGAGAGCUUGUUUGCGACCUAAUGGUGCAGGCUCUGUUCCUGAAGGACUCCAUAGCUUACAUGCACAGCAAGCACUUUGGGCUCCGGUGUGGCUAAAAGAACAAGCACGUGGGAAACAGUAUGAUCACUCUAAUGAUAAACCUGGUGACAUAACAGCAUGGCAGCAGCAACAAUUGGAGAGCCUUCGGCAGCAAGUGGAACAAAUGCAGGUUUUAAACCAUGGAUCCCAUCAAUACCCUUCAGCCUAUUCUGCUUUUGCACAUCAAGAACUUAAUAAAUGGGAUCCACUGAUAAAAGCAAAUGAAAGCUUGUUGAAGGAGAAGGAGAUAGUUAUUGAAAGGCAGAAGCAACAGAUAAGUCAUUUGGAGCAGAAGAUGAGGGAGAGCGAAUUACAGAUGCACAGUGCCCUGCUGGGCCAUUCAGUUCCACUCAGUGAUGUCUGCAUACUCCGACUGCAGGAAUCUCUGCGGGAAAAUACAUUCUUACGAGCUCAGUAUGCUGAAAGGACAGAAACAUUGACAAAUGAAAAAUUAGAGAUGGAGAAAAAGCUAACAGGAACAGAAGUGGAGAUUCGUCGUCUGAAUGACAGCCUCAAAGAAAAUACACAAAAACACAUGGAUGAUAUGAAGAAAAUGGAAGAAAAGGUCAGAGGCCGUGACAAACACAUCAACAAUCUGAAAAGGAAAUGUCAGAAGGAGGCAGAACAAAACAGAGAGAAACAACAACGCAUUGAAACUCUUGAGCGGUACCUGGCAGACUUGCCCACCUUGGAUGACUAUCAAAAGCAGAGCCGACAGCUGAAGGAUGUGGAACUGCAGUGUGAGCUUCUGCACAGUACAGUGAUGGAUCUGGAGAACAAACUUGGGGAAUCUCGAGCACGAUGUCGAGAAAAAGACAGCAUCCUGGAGAAACAAAAGCAGAAAGAGUUGGAGCUGGUCUCCACGGUUCAUGGCCUCCAGGAGAAAGUUGCAAAGUGUCUGGAGGAUGGUGUGAGGUUGCCAAUCAUGGAUGUAGAGAAGCUGAAAUCUGAGAGCAACAGCCUCAAAGGAGAUUAUGAGCGAGCCAUGAAGAUCAUAGAUAAACAACAAAAAAGUAUUGAGCAGCUUACCUCACAAAUACAGGUUCUGGAAGAACGUGUGGCACAAGAAGAAGAAACAAGUCAGGGUCUUCGUGAGGAGCUAUCUGGGAAGGAGAAUGGAUCACUGUUACUGAAGAAGGCCAUGAAAGAGCUUUCUGCUCAGAAUCAGGAGUUAAUUGAAAAGAAUUUGACUCUUCAGGAACAGUUGGCACAGCUGGACCAGAGCAAGCAGCUUCCGUCUGAAAGCAUGCAUCUGUUGGGGAGGCUGCAAAGAGAGCUGGCUAGGAGCUUGCAUGAUCUUCAAGCAAUCUGUAACAUUCUCACUCAGAGAACCCAAGGCAAAGAUCCCAACCUCUCUCUGCUGCUGGGGAUCCAAUCGAUGCAGUACUCCAGUGCAGAAGAAGGGAACUGGCAGAACACUGAGCUACUGACCAAGAGACUGGCUGAAGUGAGGCAAUUGAGCAGAGACAUCGAUGAGUUGAGGACUAGGAUUUCGGAUCGAUAUGCUCAGGACAUGGGAGACAACUGCAUUACGCAGUAAAUGUGUGCACUGGCAGUGGGUGUGGAGGACACUGACUGGAUUUUUGUGUUGGAUUUUCUGGUUAAUGCCUUUUAUUGAAUCUAAUUCAGAAAAGAAGUUCACAAACUUGCCGCAACUAGGUUUCUUGUAAAGUAGAAACAGGUGAUCUAAUUUGCAGCUGUGAAACUUGCAUCAUCUUAACACAUUAAACAGGCAACUGCCUUCCUUUAUCUGCACUUCAAUAAGUAGUCAAACUUUAAAAUAAGUGCUUGUACACUCACUUUGUGUACUGUAAUCUUCUCAUUUUUAGUGAAAGUGGCAAUGCUGCCAAUAACUUGUGUAGUAGCAACAUACUCUGGAUGCUGGAGAUCUGCACUGAAAUUCAAAUGCCAGGAACACUCAGCAGGCCUGAAAACAGCUGGAUUAGGAGAAUGGUUAAUAUUUGUACAGCACCUUUUCAAACUAAGGUAUUACCUCUGUUUGUUUCUUCGCAGAUGCUCAGUGGCCUGCUAAGUGUUUUUCAGCCAUUUCUAUUUUAAUUUUUAUUAAAUUUUUAUAUUUGGUGACAGCUCCGAGAUUGUUUGUUUGCAAUUCUGUUAACUCCAGCAGAAGUUGAGAAACAGUGAAAAUGUAAUCCUAGGGGUGGUUAAUCCAGUCUUUUCAGAGGGUUAUUAUAAUUAACCAUUUUUGAGACAAAGCAUGAACUACUUUUGUAGCCAACUCCUAUUAAUCUUCUCAGGUGUACACUUCUUUUUUCAGAUAUAAAGGAAUGAGUUGCUUCAUUGUCAAUUUAACAGUGUAUCAGCAGGGCAGAUGGAGUUUAGGGUAAUACUUCCAUUGUUUAACCACUCCAAUCUCAUUUAGGAAAUUGACAUUACCUGGAGCAUAUUCUGGCAUUAUUCGUGAGACUGAGAUACUGAGUAGUAUGUUGCAGGCUGGAUUGUAAUGCAUCUGUGUAUUUACACUAGCCCACACUGAUUUAAACUAUAUAGUCAUUCCCAUCUCUUUCAUUUUUAAAAGUAGUGAAGGUGGCUUUCAUCAUCAGAAUGAAGUAUUUUAGCCCUGUAGCAUGGACCAUUUCCAAUACCCAGUUACUAUAGCAUCCAAUCCCAAGUCAGGACUAUAUUCUCCCCAGUAGCUUUUUGCCCUUUCCUGUCUGUUUCCUAACUUCUCAACGAAACCCGUUAGAUAAUGUUUUCACUUCACAUCCACCUCCAGGAUCUUGAUGAAAAUUGGGAGCUUAGGAAUUGAAUUGAGAUAACGGCUCAUUGCCAGCCCCUCAUAACAAACUAAUAUUCUAACUUGUGCAGAAAACAUGAAAUCACAAUUAUUUUAGAGGAAUUCUGGUCUUUCAGUAGUCCUGACAGUCUCUGAACUGGACCACAUGCUGGUCUGUAAAGUUGAGAUUUUCAAAUUAUGCACUAGCAUAGUAUGAAAAGAGCAUGUCACUGUUGCAGUGCUUGAUUGCGCAUCUAUUAUCAUUCACUGUGCAGAGAGAAGCCACUGAAGAUAAUGCAUUUAACCUUGUGUAAAGUGCAUUGAACAAAUCCCAUGGGCCAGUAAUGAUCAAUGGUUAUUUGUUAGACCAGGAAAGGCUGCACUCAAGAUCCUUGCCUGCCUUAGGGAGGGGUGCUAACUGAUGCAUCAUUUUUCUGCAGACAAAUGAAACUAUAUAAUAUGCUGUGGAUUUGUAACUGUAUAAUCUAAAAGAUUUAAUUUCCACAUCCCUUGUCUGCAUUUUCUGACAGUUUUGCUUGUUUUCAGUUGAUUUCCAGCAUUCAAAGUCUGUUUGAAAUCUUGCACUUCUGUACUUUUUAAAGAUUAAUUGAAAGGAAAUACUCAUCAAGUAACACUAAUCUCUUGCCUUGUCCAGUAUCCUGCUCAGUGAAAGGUUUCCUUUGUAUAAUGUCUGUCUGAUACAAAACUGGCCAGUUUCUGAACUUCUACCCAACCACGAAAUGAUUUUAUUUCCUCAUUCAUAAUGAAAAUUAUGAAUACUUCAGGAUACUGAAUAAUUCAUGUGUGAUAAGCGUACCCUGCGAUUGGAACUACUGCUCAGGAUAUCUCUAAUUUUAUCUGAACAGGAUCAGUGUGAUGGAGUGAAACUCGCACUGCCUUGCUUUGCCUUGAAAAGAUGUUUGUUUGUACUAAUUUUAUUACAAUUUUUGUACAUUUUUGAU